GGCGGGCUCAGGCGGCGCAUCUGCAGGGGCGGCAUCCGCCUUGCUCGCUCCUCCUCUGUCUCUUCUUUCAGUCCAGAGCUCGGCCAGAGAUCCGCCUGCAGAAGAGCAGAGACUCUUGUGCACCGGUGACCAUGGCUCCGGCGGAGAAGCUGAAGGCCACCAUCAAGCAAGCGCUCCCAAUGACGGGGCCCCAAGCACCCACGCUGCGGGAGCUGAUGCAGUGGUACUGCAUGAACACCAACACGCACGGCUGCCGGCGCAUCGUGGUCUCGCGGGGCCGCCUGCGCCGUGCCUUGUGGAUCCUUCUGACGCUGGUGGCCGUAGGUCUCAUCCUCUGGUACUGCGCCCAGUUGGUCAUGAACUACUACGUGGCCUCCGUCUCCGUCACCGUCCAGUUCCACAAGCUGCCCUUCCCGGCCGUCACCAUCUGCAACAUCAACCCUUACAAGUACAGCGCCAUCAAAGAGCACCUGUCAGAGCUGGACAGGGAGACGGAGAUGGCGCUGGAGCUGCUCUACAACUUCUCGGGGAGCCCAAUCCGGGAGCGGCGCGACUUGGGCCCCGAAGAAAGUGAAGAAAGCGCAAAGGGAGGCUUUCUCAAGCUCUUUCCUCUCCUGAUGGCCAACGAGUUCGAGGCCAGGCCCAGAAACCGCUCCUCCUCUUCCUCCGGCUACAAGCGUCGGGCCGAUGCCAGCAUCUUCCCGGGGAGCUCCAGUAUCGUGAAUGUCAACAACCCUGAAGUGGGCUUCCAGCUGUGUGACUCCAAAAACAACACCGACUGUGCCGUCUACAAGUUCAGCUCCGGGGUCAAUGCCAUCCAGGAGUGGUACAAGCUGCACUAUAUGAACAUCAUGGCGCAGAUUGAUCCGGAGGAGAAGGAGAGGAUGAGCUACUCGGCCGAGGAGCUUCUGCUAAGCUGCUCCUUUGACGGCGUUUCUUGCGAUGCCAGGAACUUCACCUCCUUCCAUCACCCGCUGCAUGGGAACUGCUACACCUUCAACAGCGGAAAGGACGGGGUGAUCCUCAAAACGUCAACUGCAGGAAGCGAAAAUGGACUGCAGGUAGUCCUGCACAUCGAGGAGGCUGACUACAACCCCUUCCUGGUGACCUCCACGGGGGCAAAGGUGGGUAUCCACGGCCAGGAUGAAUACCCCUUCAUCGAGGACAUUGGCACUGAGAUUGAGACGGGCACUGCCACCUCUAUCGGGAUGCACUUCACCACCUCUCAGCGGCUCAGCAAGCCCUACAGCAACUGCACGGAGGACGGCUCAGACAUCCCUGUGGAUAACCUCUACAACAAGAACUACUCUUUGCAGAUCUGCCUGCAUUCCUGCUUCCAGAAGCUGAUGGUCAAGACCUGUGGCUGUGCCCAAUACGCCCAGCCUCUUCCGGCCGGAGCCCAGUUCUGCAACUACAAGAAAAACCCAGACUGGAUGUAUUGCUACUACAAGCUCCAUGAGAAGUUUGUAAAGGAGCAACUAGGAUGCCAGGAGACCUGCAAGGAAGCCUGCAGCCUGAAGGAAUGGACACUCACCACCAGCCUGGCCCAGUGGCCCUCAACCGCCUCCGAGGAGUGGAUGCUCCGCGUUCUCUCUUGGGACCAAAGGAUGAAGAACAAGACCUUAAACAAGACGGACUUGGCAAACCUUAUUGUUUUCUACAAGGACCUGAAUGAGAGGUUCAUCAAGGAGAACCCGACAAACAAUGUGGUCCUCCUCCUGUCCAACUUCGGUGGCCAGCUGGGCCUCUGGAUGAGCUGCUCGGUGGUCUGCGUGAUCGAGAUUGUGGAGGUCUUCUUCAUCGACACCUUCUGCAUCAUCCUGCGCCGCCACUGGCAGAAGGCCAAGAAGUGGUGGCGGGGCCGGAAGGGUGAAGAUGAGGAAGAGGAGGAGGAGGAAGGGCAGCAGAGGGGGGGAGGAGUUGUCUCCGGACGGAGCUCAAGGGUCCAGGGCCACGACAACCCGGCCUGCAACGUCCGAGAAGAGGACAACGAGGAGGACGGUGACCUGCCCACCUUCAACACGGCCGUGCGUCUGCCCCUCCCGCCGGAAAACCCGGCCCCACGGACCCCCCCACCGAACUACAGCACCCUCCGGCACUCUGGCGCCUACGCCGAGAACUUGGAGGUCAGGACCCAGUGAUCCCAUUGCUGACCUCAGGGAGUAUGGGCAUCUCCUUGGGUUGCCCUGACUUGCAGCCAGUAGAGGAAAUAGCAUCACUCUCUCGGGAACCUUUCAGUCGGACUCAAAUGGGCGUUCACUGCCUUUCAAAAGUCUCUGUGAUGUUCUGGAGGGAAUUGGGGGAUGAAAGCGAAAGGGAACGCUUCUUGACUUCGAAAUUCCCACGUAAGAGGAAUGGCUCUUUGCCGCCCUGCUGUGACUCCCACCCAAGUGGAGUAAGAAGGCUCUGUUUCCUUCCAAAACAGCCAUGCUGUCCUUUCUUCUUGUCAUUGUUGUUGCUAUUUCUAGGUGGAAUAACUGAAAUAAUGUCUUAAGUCCAAGGUGGGGUGAAGAGGUGUACUGAAUAAACAUUUCUCAGGAAACUUUCCGCCUUCUUCAUUGAGGGGCUGUGGUGGGGUGGUGGGCGGCUCCCUCAUGCUCAAAGCUGAUCCUCAACUCUCUUCUAACUCCUGACACUGCCUUCUGCACUCAAACAGACUCAAGCCUCAACUGUCUCCUAACUCCUAACACUGGCUUCUGCACUCAAACAGACUCAAGCCUCAACUGUCUCCUAACUCCUAACACUGGCUUCUGUACACAAACAGACUCAAGCCUCAACUGUCUUCUAACUCCUAACACUGCCUUCUGUACUCCAACAGACUAAAGCCUCAACUGUCUUCUAACUCCUCUCACUGGCUUCUGCACUCAAACAGACUCAAGCCUCGACUGUCUUCUAGCUCCUAACACUGGCUUUUGCACUCAAACAGACACAAGCCUCGACUGUCUUCUAGCUCCUAACACUGGCUUCUGCACUCAAACAGACGCAAGCCUCGACUGUCUUCUAGCUCCUAACACUGGCUUCUGUACUCAAACAGACGCAAGCUUCGACUGUCUUCUAGCUCCUAACACUGGCUUCUGCACCCAAACAGACUCAAGUCUCAACUGUCUCCUAACUCCUAACACUGGCUUCUGUACACAAACAGACGCAAGCCUCGACUGUCUUCUAGCUCCUAAUACUGGCUUCUGUACUCAAACAGACGCAAGCCUCGACUGUCUCCUAACUGGCUUCUGUACACAAACAGACGCAAGCCUCGACUGUCUUCUAGCUCCUAACACUGGCUUUUGCACUCAAACAGACUCAAGCCUCA